GACUUACUAAAGUGGAUAAUCUACACAGGCCUAUAGAGAAAGGAGUUCUCUUGUCGAGUUCACUGACAUCAAAGUCAUGAGUAUCACUACCCCUAAGAUGACAAUUACCUCUGGUCUUAUUAUUGUCAGGUUUAUGGAGGAGAGUAAGAACCAAAGCUUUAUUACCUUGUCAUAAAAGGGAGCCUUGCAAGUGUAUAAAUAGUGACAGACAGAGACUCCGCUUAUCUGCUUCACUACAUCAGCUUGUUCUCAGCCCAACUCUAGCAAAGCAGCAUGGCUUUCACUGGCAAGUUCGAGUCCGAGAGUCACGAGAACUAUGAUGAAUUCUUGAAACUCCUCGGUAUUCCUGCUGAUGUCAUUGAGAAGGGACGGAGUUUUAAGAUUGUAACAGAAAUUGUUCAGAAUGGCAAUAGCUUCACCUGGUCGCAGAUCUAUCCAGAUAAAACCAUGACAAACAAAUUUACUGUUGGCCAAGAAUCGGAAAUGCAUACUAUGAGUGGCAAGACAUUUAAGGCAACGGUUAACAUGGAAGGUGGCAAGCUUGUGGUGGACUUCCCAAAUUAUCAUCACACUGCUGAAAUUGUAGGAGGAAACCUGGUUGAGUGUUCCACUGCUGGUGGCAUCACAUUCAAGAGAGUCAGCAGGAAACUGUGAAGAUCUAAUGAGAUGGUGUCUUAAUGUUUCUAUUCAAAUGAAUA